CUCUGACCCUUCAAAAUGUUGACUGUUUCAAGAAUGCGCUGAAUAUCGACGUUCACCAAUGUCUCGUCGCAGAAUUGUGAUUUCAUCCACCAUCCCAGAAGAAACGCUGUAUCGUUUAUGCAAAAAAAAAAGUCCAACGUGAGUUCUCAGAUCGUGUGUGCAAGACAACUUUACAUACGAAUAUAUUCCCGAGCGAAUAUUUCAGUGAGAAUGUCACUAAACAGGUCAAUGCACCAGCGGAACCACUACAAAGACAAGCCCCCGGACUUUGCCUACUUGGCCUCCAAGUAUCCAGACUUCGAACAGCAUGUCCACACCAACCUGGGUGGCAGAGCUAUGUACUGGAGCAUCCUGUAUCUACCCCCUGCUGGGAGCUUCUAUGAACGGCUGGCAUUACCUGGCUACUGAGGUAGAUGACAUUUGCUUUGAUUACGCCACCAGGAACGUGGAGCAGAACAACCUCUCGGACCUCAAAGUGGUGAAAGUUCCCCAGAAGACCCUAUUAAUGGACGCUUUAAAAGAGGAGUCAGCCAUUGUCUAUGACUUCUGCAUGUGUAACCCUCCCUUCUCCGCCAACCAACUAGAGGCUAAGGGGGUAAAUUCCAGGAACUCUCGUCGUCCUCCCCCCAGCUCAGUGAACACAGGUGGGGUGACAGAGAUCAUGGCUGAGGGCGGAGAGCUGGAGUUUGUCAAGAGGAUCAUCCAUGACAGCCUGCAACUCAAGACACGCCUGCGUCUCCCCACAGUAAGAAGAGGAAACUGGAGAAGUCUAGUAAGCCACUGUCCUUCAUGCUGCUGCAGUCCCAGGCCUCCUCUACAGGCUGUCCCUCCAACCCCAGGCCUGUGGAGGCCAUCACUGCCUGGCUGGAGAAGACACAGUGACCUAAAGGUGCUACACAAGCGUGUCCCUUGUGGGAGGAAGGAGCAGAGUCUGUUCCUGACGGCUGUGGAGAACACCUGGAUCCACAGAGACCAAGGCCCACACCUCAGAGCUGCCCAGAGCGCCCCCCCCCAGUGGUACUUCCACCACUCUUUCCUCAGCCCAGCACCCACAGAGCCAGCAGCACUCCACACAUCCCAUAUAGCUCACACUCAGAUUUACACACUUCCCAGGCAGUGUUCCACAGUCCGGGACCAACAGGGCAGAUGGCGCCAACUCUCAGGGGGUCAGCUGUGUCCCAAUAGAGAACAGCGGAACAGGAGGAUGUCGUCAUGGAGUCUUGUACCUCUACAACACCCAAUAUCACAUUGGCACAGAUGGCACUACUCACCACGACACAGAACACCACCCCACAGGAAGUACCUACCGAAACACAGGAAGAGGAAGUCAGUGCCACUGGACAGGAAGUGAUGCAGCCACAGAGCCCCAGCGUUGUACAACACUUCCUGUUCAAGUGCUUGGUGAACGUGAAGACUGAGCAGCAGGACGUUGCUGUGGAGAUCCACUGGGUGGAAGGCCAAAACAAGGACAUGAUGAACCAACUGUGUACCUACCUGAAGAACACUCUGCUAGUGGUGGCCAAGCCACUGGGGACAUAAUGGAACAUAGUUGGCCUGUAGUACUGGGUCGAAUUCAUUAAGCGAGAAAAUAGACAAACAGGCAGGGACUUUGAGAACAUAACUUACCGGUAUUGUUCUGUCGUGUCCAGUGUUUGUGUAAAAUAUAGUGAAUGUGAAAUACUUAUUUGCAGGUCCAGUACAGUUUCACUGCAAGUCUCCUUGUCAAGGUUGUAAUGACUAGACAUUUUAGUUAAAUCAAGUUUGGUAAUUGUAUGUUUUAGUACCAUGUUAUUUGUGUAUUUCCAUGUUCAGUCAGUGUUUUACACACAGGUAGUCUAUCCCAGACAUUUGUCUAGGAUGCGUUUUCCAUAAGCAGCCACAAGAGGGCAGUCCAUAGCUGCACAUUUUGGGUAGCCACCUAUGUGGCCUGUCUUAGUAUCACAAUUAGAAAGUGAUGCCAGCCAAAUUAGAUGGUCGUAUUGACUUGAGUCGGUAAUGAAUGAUCUUUGCAUACACACACACUUUAGCUAAAACUAAACCAAAUGCAGGAUGCCCAGUCUUUCGUGUGCCUGUACGUGCAAUUGUCACAUGAGGUUGCAGCCAAACACAAACUUCCUGAGCAGGGAUUUAGUGGUGAAUACCAGGAAAAGUGGUCCAGCAGUGGACCCAAAGUUCAUUUGCCACGUGCACAGGAUACCAUGGGUGUAAAACACUACCAUGAAAUUCUUACCUUGAGAGCUCAUUCCCAACAAUGCAGUGAUAGUAAUAAUAUCUAAGUCAAUGAACAGCAGCGUUAUGGUAGUAAUAAAUGUAAACAUUAUAGCAGCAGCAUCUUGUCAGUUGGUAGAGAGAGAACUGUGGAUCACCUGAGGGAGAGCAGUAGUUAGCCAUUUACCAGUCUUAUGGCCAGGGGAUAGAAGCUGUUUAGGAGUCUGUUGGUCUGAGCCUUGAAGCACCGCCUGCCGGAUGUGAACAUGGAAAACAGUCCAUGUAGCUGGAGUCCUUGGCAAUUUUUCUGGCCUUUCUUAGACACCGCCUGGCAUGUACGUCCUAGGUGGCUGGGAGCUUGCCCCCAGUGAGGUGCUGGCCCGUCCGCACCACCAUCUGUAGGUCAGUUGCCAUACCAGACAGGAUAACACCAGUCAGGAUGUGCUCGGAUGGUGCAGCUGUAAAGACAGUGUGAGUGUAUAUGUAUGUUUGAGUUCACAGCUCUGUGAGUGCAACCGUGUCACUAUCACAUAGUGGUGCUUUAAAAAUAAAACAAUAUUGACUUCCUGCUCAUUGCUGUGUGUUCUUAGGACACACACUCAGUGGCGAUUUUAGCAUCUUGGUGGUGGGGUCACUUGGGAUGCAU